AUGGUAUCUUCUAAAGGCAUAUCGGUGGAGUCUGUUGUCUCAUUCCUUGAGAACCUGGCUGCCAACCCGUCUUCUAUCCCUGCCUCUCUUCGGGAAGAUGAUAAACUUCGAAAGAGACUACUCUCUGCAAUCCCUAAGCUCGUCCCUGAGCUUGAGAUACCGGUUGAAGUUGGCCAAAGGUUGUUCUACAGCCCCCUAGAGCUCAUCGCAGCCCGUGUCGCUGUAGACCUCGACCUCUUUAAUAUCUUCAAAGCGAGCCCCACCCCUUUAUCCACAGAAGAGGUCGCGAAGCGGACAGGCAAAAGCCCAAACCCGCACUUGCUCACGCGUAUCUUGAGGUUCCUAGCUUCCGUCGGCAUGGUCCGCGAAGCCGGGACCGGAGUCUGGAGCUCAAGCCACUACGGGAACAACCUCUCAGGGGAGGGGGAGUACGCCGGGAUAAAGAGCACUAUGGACAACUGCGUACUCGCUGGGUUCGCCAUCCCGGAGUACCUCCGCCGCCACGCCUUCAACCCGCCGGAGGCCCAUGAAGACACGCCCUUCGGGAUCGGGAACCGCGAGGGCUCGGAGGAGCCGACUUUCUACGAGUGGCUGGCGAAGCGUCCGCAGAACGCGAGGGAUUUCAACGUCUACAUGGAGUACCACAGGACUGGGGUGCGGACGUGGCUGGAUCGGCCCGAAAUUAUCAGCGAGAUCAAAGAUGCGCUGGAGAAGAUCACCGAGGGGAAGAAAGGGGAGGAGAAGAGCGUGGCGUUUGUAGAUAUUGGCGGUGGGAUCGGACACCAGUGCAAGGCUCUGAGAACGAAGGUACCGGAAUUCAAGGGAAAGAUUGUCCUCGAAGAUCUCAAAGAGGUCGUGGCGACCGCAGAGCCAGGAGAGGGUAUCGAGAAAGUGGAAGUCAACUUUCUCCAGGGCCAACCAGUGAAAGGCGCGGCAUCAUACUAUUUUAGGAGUGUGUUACGGAACUGGCCUGAUCCAUCCUCACGCACAAUCCUUGGUUAUAUCCGCGAUGCCAUGGAUGGUGACUCUCUUCUAUUAAUUGACGACCUAGUUCUGCCUGAUCAAGGAGCCCACAGGUAUGAGACGCAACUCGAUUUGACAAUGCUCGCAGUGCUCAACGCGGAAGCGAGGACUGAGGCACAUUGGAAAAAGCUACUAUCUGAAGUAGGCUUAGAGGUGAAGGAUAUCGUGUUCUAUGAAGAGGAUGCUCGGGAGGGUGUGAUUAUUGCUAAGAAGAUGGUUAAUUGA